AUGGUUGACGUCCACCCACCAGGCUUGGAACGCAUCAUUUUUCACAACUACCGCUCGUGGAUGCAUACGUUUCCACAUCACCACCCGCAGCUGGAUCAGCCCAAGUUGGAUCGCCGCAUUCGACGCUUCAGGGUGCUCUGCCGCCACAGCCGCGAUGUGCGGGGCGCCCGGCCGUUGCUCUUCGUGCGCUACGUGGGCGACGCGCCCGGGGAGCUCCAGAGGCUUGAGGAACUCUACUCACUGCUGCGGCUGUGGGGUGGACCCAACAUCAGGCUUUGCUAUGUCCUCAUGCUGCAGCGCAACAAGAAGAUGCCCAUGUCAACGCCAGCCCAGCUUGGCUGGGACGCCUUGGCCCAUAGGGGCUCGGUGGGCAGUCUGGGCCUGACGGCCACUUCCGCACGGGGACGCCUCUAUCGACAUGCGGAGUACCCGAAGGUGCUGUUCUACCUGGUCGAUGGUCUUGUGGAUGUUAUGGAUUUCAGCGUGAUUCGACAGGCCUUGCGCUUCAACGUUUACGAUCACGCAGGGCUUCUGUUGGAUUGCCCUGCGGUCACCACGGGCGAGCUGCUUGAGAUGAUCGCACCCUUCAAGGACCCCUACACCAACAAGAGCCAGACUUGUAUUCGAACCUGGCUGGAAAGGCCCACCGAGCGUGAGCAGGAGGUGGUGAACGGCUUCUUCCCGGACUGCCCAAGGGCUCAACAGCCAGAUCAAGGGCGGCAGCCCAACCAAGUGUUGCGCCUGGCGGUGCAACGUCUCGACCUGAGGAAGCUCCAGGGCGUUCUGUCGGACGCCGACGCCAACACGUGGGACGCCCACGGCCGCCGGCCACUGCACGACCUGUGCCACGUCGCAGGUGAACAACGCUCACGCUGUGGACUGGCGAACAUUCUCCAGAUCGCGGCCGAACUCCUUUUGGCCCAUGGGGAUCCCCGUGCCCGCGACAAAGAUGGCACCACUGCCUUGGCGCUUUGCCGCAGACUGGUUCCAAAGAAGGCUCCCCCUGAGCUCCUGGCGCUGCUUCGUGUGGCCGCGCUGGAUGACUGCGGAGCACGGGCGUGCCCCAUGCCAGUGCUGUUCAGGGCGCUGGAAUUGAUGGGGGAGCCCCUACGGAGCAAGGUGUCGGUGAACUUGUUUGGUUUGAAGCCCUUGCGAGCGGUCAGUGAUGCCGAGCUCGCGUGGAGGACCCCAUCGCUCGGCCUUAAGGAGCAGCUGGAAGAGUUGGAUGCAGAGCUGGCGCAGAUCCAACGCAUGAAGCCAACGGCGCGACGGAAGGCGAUCCGACGGCUCCUGUUCGAGUGGCACCCUGACAAGAAUCAGCACAGACAUGAGCUGGCAACGGAGGCGUUUCAGUACUUGCAGGUCCGCAAGGCCGAGCUCUUGAAGCAGACCAAGCCCAGCUGA